AUGGUGCCCUCCGACCUGUCAGCCAACUGCUGGAGUCCAGACAGCACCCAGGCAGCGGCCAGCCAAGACAUGGUGGAACCCUGGAUGCACGGACUCCUCCCACUUCCCUGCGCCUGGUUGGGUGGGCCGAUGUCGCUGGAGAUCUUCCGAUUCCUGCCCGUGGUCGAGUUCUGCACCUGCCGCGCGGUCUCCUCGACCUUCGUGGAGCCGAAGGACUUGUUGUCGCAUCUGCUGGAGGUUGCAGACUUGGCCAGGCCGCACGCGCUCAUGGCGUACGAUGCCUGGUCGUUUCAGAGGCUCCGGCUCCGAGGCUGCGUGUUGCCCACGGGUGGCUUUGACCAUCUGCUGAACCUGCACCUGGAUGAGGGCAUGCUCGAGCUCCGGGACUCUGUUCGGUGUCUUCUCUGCCUGGGAGAGAUGUUUUUCGAACCCGCGCCCCUGCGCAUGCAUGGCAUGAUCCUGAACCUUGUCAAGCUCGCGCAUGGGCCUUGCCAUCCAGACGCGGGGUGGAACCGCAGCAUCAGCUACGUGGCGCUCAGUUCUCUGCAGCAUCUCAUGGUGACGGAUCCAGGCUUCCGAAACUGGCUGGCGGGCCAGAUGACCUUGGAGUUUGAGAUGCCGUGUGAUGGGAGCAGGCCAAGCUUCAUAGAGAGGGCGGUGUGCGAAGAUGAGGUGGAGCUCUGGAUGCAUGGACUUCUGGCCGAGUCUUGUUGCCCUGAGUUCGAUGAGAGUUGUGCUGUCCUGCACCUUGUGCGCGCGGAGGAGCUGUCCCCGAAUUCGGAGAAGGUUGGCAGGCAACUUGGGCCGGAUUCCAACUCGAGUCUUUGGGACGGGCUGUUCAGCACACUCUUCUGGUGGUACCGGGAGCCCGGCUCGAGGAGACCUGCCUCACACGUCUCCUGGGUGCGGUUGGGUCGGCAGAUGACGUUGGAGAUCUUCCGAUUCCUGCCCGCGGUCGAGUACUGCACCUGCCGCGCGGUCUCCUCGACCUUCGUGGAGCCGAAGGGCUUGCAGUCGCAUCUGCUGGAGGUUGCAGACUUAUCCAGGGAAGAGGCGGUCUUGGCGUAUGCAUCGUGGGCAAACAGCGUGCGCCCGGCGUGGUGCAACGACGGCAUCCGCCGGUACUUGCUUGAAUCUCUGAACCUCCGCCUUGACGGGACGAUGCUCGAGCGCCGGGACUGCAUGCGCUGCCUCCUGUGCUUGGGUGAGUUCUUUUUUGAACAUGCCCCUCUGGGCAUGCACCGCAUGAUCUUGAGCCUGGUGGAGCUCACGGUCUUCAAUCCCUGCCACAACUUCCGCUACCUAACUGAACCAAUGGCAGUGGCUGCUCUGCACGAGAUCAUGGUAACGAAUGCAGGGUUCCAGAAGUGGUUGACAGCACAGUUGACAUCUUAG